ACGUCAUCAUAAUCUUACAAUCAAGCCAUGACGUCAUGGAGGUGUAGUUGCAUAAGACCAGACAAACGCGACGGUCUAUCAACUUAUUACACCGAACAACCAUGUCGAACACAGUCAACAAAGGUUCCAUUUUUAAUGUCAAGGAGGCUCAGGGCAUCGAGUGAGCAAUCUUUUAGCAUAGAGUCCAUGCGAUGUCGAUUUUUGGUUCCUAGGAGAGCCCAGCAUGAGACAACAGCCGCUCAUGCGCAAGCUGAAGCUCCAAACGCCCAUGUUGCACACGAAGUGGAAGAGAACGCGGAGCAUCUUCAACAAGCAGCAACCAAAGCAGCUCAAGCUGCGCAAGGAAUGGGGUCUGAACUGACGGGAGAGAGAGACACUAGUACUGCCUUUGAUGUCUUCAAAAGCGAAGUGACUCAGAAGACGAACGUCGCGGCCUCCGAAGGGCAGAGGGAUCUCCAUACGGCCAAGAAUACCAGCGCAAGUUAUUUAGACCAGGCAAAGACAGUGGUGGAGAGUAUUGCCACUUCUGCUCAGGACUAUCUUCACAGUAGCACAGACCCGCAAGCUUCGAAUAAGCCAGGAGGAGACGCCAUAUCGUCAUCAUGGCAGGCAUCGGCAUCGUCUGCUGUUGGAACCGCUCAGAAGUUCUUGGCAUCCGCACAAGCCGCCGCUCAACCGCACAUUGACGUUGCACGAUCUACUUUGCAACCACAGGCCGAAAAAGCACGCGAGACAGCGGAAGGUUACCUCGGGAUGCACUCUAGUAGCUCGCCUUCUGGCGCGGUUACUCCGCCAUCAAACACGUGCGCAACUACCGGCACGCCCUUAGUUGCGGGCACACAAUACGCAUCUACGAUAACCACUACUGGUGCAGAUGAGAGAGAGCUGGAGUCAACUGUUGUGUAGAAUGCCAUGACACCGAGAAGUUGUGUAGCCAUAGAUGUUGUAUUGUUGUAUAGUCUCGAAGACUUCCUCUAGCGCGCUCUUGGAUGUCACGCUUGUAGCCAAUCAUUGAAAGCAACCCUGAUCUGAACGUAAGAAAUUUUAGACGCGGUCUCGAACCACACUGAACUAGUAGUAGGCAGCUGACACUGACAGGGAACGUUCGAGUUGUCAUUUGCAGACCAGCAUCAACCCCUUCAAGACAAGCUUCAAGAAGCUCAGGGUCACGAUGAACUAUGUCCAUCGGAACGAUUCUGAUUGGAAGGAACCAAAAUGGCUGAGAUGAGAUUAGAACCGGCUAACUGCGGUCCCGGGGUGAUAACGAUGGAGUGAUGCGGUGU